AAUGCAGCCUAAAAUAGUAAUCUGUCAGUCAUGUUUGUUAACGAAAUGUGAUAUGAUCGAGUUAGUCUGUAACAACAAUUUUUAGAUUUAUUCUGGGAUAGGGUCUACAAUUUGUACCUUUAGUUGGAGAGGUAGUACCCCCCCCGGAUGCAUGUCACGUGAUUUUUUUAGAGAGAGACAGACAGAGAGCACGUGCAUAUCGUCUCGCCAUCAUUCGAUCGUGAAUUUGUCGAGAGUGGUGCAUGUCUAGUUGAUCGUGGGAACUAUUUGGAAUAGUCUUAAGAUGUCAGUAGAAUUGUACAGAGAAGGGUCGCGUAGGCUUCGUCUACGCUUUAAUAUAGCUGAUAUCAACGUUAAUCGUGUUUCGAUUGCGUUCCAGGUUGAACCUCAGACUCUGUACUUAAAAGAGGAAUUCGGGGAUCUCUCGUAUUGGGCAAAUGAGGCCGGAAGGUUCAACCUACAGCAUCUGCAAGAUAACGAUUUAUUACUGCAUUCCCUCCAAGUGAUGGGUAAUGACCGUGAGCAGGCGUCUACAAAUGCUCCCCUUCCUUCUCUAUCAUAUACGCCAACAAACAGAGCCGCCGCUGUUUCAGGCCCAUCUWCAAUUACAUCAGCUCCGAAAAGUUACUGGGGAUCUGCAAGUAAGAAAUCCAACUUCUCGUGUAAGGUUGUGUACUCGAUGAUGGAGAAAAAUGCAAAAGGUGCACAAUUUACAACCGUCAAACAGACGUUCAUCACUCUUGAUGAAGACUCGGCAAAUUUACCAAAUGUGACAGCCCAGGCAAAAGUAAAGUUUGGGGAAGACGUUAUACUUGUAGCUGGGAACGGUCUUCCUAUCGAAGAUGAACCAGGCACACGAGGUUCUUCCUUUUGGAAGUGUGCCAGUAGGAAAAUCUAUGCAAUAAAAGCACCAUCAAGGAAGAGGCCAAGUACUCGACCUACAGUCAGUUUGUCAACUAGUGAUGAGUCUGAUGGUUCAGAUACACAGCACAAGCCCUCGAAAGACAACAAGAGAAUUAAGCCAAUGAAAAAUAUGUUCCAGGAAAUAGCAGCUGGGAUCAAUGACAUCAAAGUGUUACUAGCAGACCUAACCACAGUAACUUCAGCCAUCAAGCUUCCCAUAAGUGUAGUGAAAAGUAUCAAAGAUACCUUUAAAUGCAAAAUUUGCCAUUCAUCGCCUAUGAAAGCCCCUGUUGUAGCUGGCAAGUGUUGCAAUACCUUGAUCGGAUGCUCUGCCUGUGUAAACAAAUGGUAUGAAGGAGAUGGUGGUUUGGAGAAGACUUGCCCAAAUUGCCGAGAACCAAGGGGCUAUGCACAUACAUCACAGUUCAAAGGAAUUGAUGAUUUUUUGGGCACCAUGACAACAGCCAUAUAUGGUGAAAACACUGAUGAUUCUGAAUAAGACAAUCAGAGACUACGUAGUUCCAUGUAUACNGA